CUUGUAUACUGAGCUGGGUUCACGUUUUUAAUUUUAAUACACAAUUUCGGUUCCUUUUUAAUAUAAAAUAAAACUGAUUGUAGUUUUUAUUAGUGGACCAUCAAGAUGGAAGAAUACCUAUCCACGACUGUUUCAAAUCUGAAAUCAGAAAACUAUGCCGCCCUAAACCUAGUCAUAGGCAACGAGAGUUGCGACCUAGACUCAGCGGUGUCCGCUCUUGUCUAUGGCAGUUUUUUGAGCUGGCGACACAGCCAGAUCAAAUGUACCAUGUGUACGCGGCCUACUCCGGGGGCUAAAGACUUGUUGUGUGUGUCGGUCCUUAAUGUGGAUAGGGAGGAUUAUGAGCUUAAAACGGAGGUGGAUUUUUGUUUGAGGGAGAGUGGGGUUAGUAAGGAAAUGUUGGUAUUUAGAAAUGACUAUGAUCUCCAAGAACUUGUAACAAAAACGAAAGCUAAUGUAGUAUUAGUAGAUCAUCAUACUCUAGCCAAUAAAGACAAGUUCCUAGCUCCUUAUGUUACUGAGAUCAUAGACCAUAGACCAAUAGACAAGACGGAGUGGAACUACAGAGAUGAUACAAGGUCUACUAUAGAAACAGUUGGGUCGUGCUGUACGUUGGUAGCUCAAAGAAUUAUGGACAUGUCAGCGGUCAUGGCAAAAAAGGUCGAAUUCUUCCAAACACAUCCUCUUUGCACACAGCUACUGCACUCAACAAUUAUUCUCGACACGGUGAAUUUCUCCAAAGAAGUGAAAAAAGGCACGCCACAUGAUUUGGAAAUAGUGACGUUCCUAGAAGGGGUUCUGAAAAUAGAAAAUCCAGAGGCUGAGAGAGAAAGCAAACUGGCACGUUUGCUAGAGGCCCGAACCAACGUCACCCGUCUUACAGCACGUCAGCUUCUCAAGAAAGACGUCAAGAUUGUCAAAGAUGUGUACGUGCCUAGUUUUCCAAUAUUAGUGGAGGAAUUCCUAUCGAAGCCAGAAGCCCUCACAGCAGUCUCCGAAACCCUAAAAUCAAGCGGGUGUUCCCUCGCACUCCUGUUGGGAAUGAGCCUGCAGAACGGAUUGAAACGAGACGCCGCUAUAUGCGGGAGCGAGCCCGAUAAAACUGCCAAACUAGCCAAAUUUCUUCAAGACUGGAGCGCACCAUCUCUACAGCUGACUCCAACAGACCUUCAGCACCCGAAUACGUAUUACUUCAACCAACAGUACCUAGGUGCGUCUAGAAAACAGUACAUACCUGCUGUCAACGCGUUCUUACAAAACCCAUGAAAAUUAAUUUGAAUUUUAGUAAUUGUAUUGUCCGCUAGAUGUAUUCAGUAUUCAUUUAUUUCUUGCUUCCAUGGUACAUUUUUGGGUAGUAUUUACAUAUUUCUUAUGGUAUCACAUGGACCCUGAAUAGGGUGUAGCAAAUACGCUGAAAUGUCGCUGUAACGUGCGCUAAGAUCCUCUGAAUCGAGCUAUUAAUUUUUUUCUCUAAAAAAAGUACUUUAAACAGACUGAAUUGAGAAUAUUUUUACACUCAGAU